GUAGAAGUCGGAGGCUGUCUGCUGUUCAUCCUAAUUGAAUUUCCAGUCGGAAUCGACACCGGUGGCAAUAACUCCGGCGAAUGAGGCAGUGUGGCGGUAGUGAUGGCAAUGGGGCGAGCGGGUACCUCAAUACCCAUGUCCUGUCAUAUGCUACUACGGUUCGGGGCGGGAAAAUCCGUGCGGGUACGGGGAGGGACGGGACUAAGGAUGUCAAUCCAACCCGUAAUCAUGGGUACCCUACCCGACCGUAACCGGUCAACGAGUAUAAUUACCCGCUUUGACAAAGUUAGUCAUUUCUUACUUUUUAUUUAGAAACUCCAUUCAACUCAAACUUGACUUUUCAAUGUUUUCAGGUCACUCUUGUCUCACUCAAUCCUAGUUAUUGUCAUAGCGUAAAUCAAAGAACGAACACUCCUAUAGGUUUAUUAGUUCUCUCCGACUUCAAUCCAUCAAAUCAAAUAUUGCCGAUGACAAAAAAAAUUAGAUAUCAUCAUCUCCCUUCUGCUUAUCCUUGCCUUAAAUUUUGCCUUAAAUUUUGGAACUUAAUGAAGACUUUGAUGACCGCGAGAUGUAGAGGAGCUAAAUCGCUCAAAUCUAACUUUUCAAUGAAGUGGGAAGUAGAGUGAUCUUAGAAAAAAUCUCAAAGUACACUAGUUAUUAAAAAAAAUUCUCAAAAUACAUAAGUUAUAAAAAAAAUUCCAAAAGUACACAUGUUUGAGCAUCACCGUUUUAGACAAAGGCGGUGAAGGAUAUCACCGCGUCAGACUAAAACGGUGAAAAAUUCACCGUCUUAAAGUAAAACGGUGAUGCCUUCACCGUCUUAGUCUAAAACGGUGAAUGUCUCACCAUUUUAAACUGAAACGGUGAAAGAAUCACCGUUUUAAUUAAAAACGGUGAGCAGUUCACCGUUUUUCUAGGAUGCGGUGAAGUUGCUGACGUGGCAGACACGGGGUAUUCACCGCGUUAGACAAACACGGUGAAUAACCCGUGUCUGCCACGUCAGCGAUCCGCGCCAGUGUGCUUUCACCGUGGCCGUUAGAUGCGGUGAGGCGCGGAUCGUGGUUUUCUUCCCACGAUCCGACGCCUCACAGCAAGCCACGUGGACGGGGAACAGGUUUUGGGCAAUGCCAGUCCUUCACCGCGUUCAUCAAACGCGGUGAAUGCUCCCCCACAUUUACUGCGCAGCAGCUCCUCCCCCCCUUCCCCCAACUAUAAAUACCCCCUUCCCCUUUCACUUUCAACUCACCCCACAAACAUUUCACUUCUUUCUCCCUCAAUUUAUCCGCUCUAGUCUCGUUCUAUGUAUGCUCUGUGGUUGCGGCUAAGUCCGAUCUUCCACAUCAGAAAGAAUUACUAGAGUUUGACCCUAAAGCCCCCGUCCCGCUAAGUUCCCGUCCCUUACAAAGCUAAACCCGUCGAACCUCUGUCCGGCUUCCGCCAAUAAUGGACGAAGAGGCUCUUCGUGUAGGUUUUUGGUUUGUGAUUUUUUUAAUCGAAACAAUUUGAUUUUUUUUUUAUCAAAACAAUCUCUGAUUUCAUUACUUUUUUAUAGAUGGGUGCCGAGAUAUACGAUCCUCGAUUGUAUAUCCAUUAUGGCCCAAGGGAUGCGAGUCUCUUAACCGAUCAAGAAAUGCAUCGCUCUCGUGCCAUUUGGGAUAACAAUCCGGAAUCUCUUGUUCCCGUGGUUCAUAAAGGGACCAAUAACUUGCCCGCUUGGAAUCCAAGGUUGGAGCCCUAUAUAGCGAGGACCGGUUUGGGAAUGUUGCGCCAUUUCUUGCGGAUCGAGAUCGACAACGAUCUGCUUACGGCAAUGGCGGAACGAUGGCGUCCGGAAACCCAUACAUUUCACCUUGCGGAGGGGGAAAUGACGAUCACCCUCAAAGACGUGGCGAUCCUCACCGGGCUUCCUAUAUCUGGAGAUGCCAUCAUUGGGAACACGACCAAACCCGGAGGAGGUUGGGGGCCGCUCAUCCGUGAUCGUUUGGGCUUCGACAUGCCGACCACCACACCAAAUCAAGGACGGGGGCAUCCACCGUUGAAUGCGGGGCAAGUGUCGGUCCCGUGGCUGGUAUCUCACAUCCAGCAAGAGGUGGAAAUCAAUGACGAGACACCGGAAGAACAAGUCGAGCGCUACGCCCGCAUCUACCUCAUCGAUUUGGUGGGUGGAUUUUUGUUCCCCGACAAGUCCAACCGGUGGAUUCAAGGCAUAUGGUUGCCAUUGCUCACCGGUGACUGGGAUGCAAUUGGAGAGAAGAGUUGGGGAUCGGCCGUGCUAGCGGGCGUAUACCGGGAGCUGUGUACUUGCUCGAAGGUUGGGGCAAAGCAAGCUGGUGCUGCGAUGUUCAUCGUUCAACUGUGGGUAUGGGAGCAUCUUCCAAUGUUCGCACCUCUCGACCCACGUCCAUACCGGAGAAACGAUGAUGAGCUCAACCUUCUGCAAAAUCUCCCCUACGGUGUCAAGUGGAUAGGAGCAAAUACGAAUGACCAUCAGCCUGAGCAUUCGUUACUGUUUUAUCGUUCUGAGUUAGAUAAACCAUGGUGGAAUCAGGUUAUAUGGGAUCCAUAUCCACGUGAAGUGGUUGAGCUGCAUCAUCUUAGGCACCCUCUGGAUCACGAGACGUGGUUGUGCAAGGUGCCAUUGAUCUGCUGGCACAUUGUGGAAUGGCACCUACCCGAUCGAUCCCUGAGGCAAUAUCGAAUGGAGCAACCAAUUCCACAAGACCCGCCAGUAGGUUUCAGGGAGCUACAUGCUAUGGACCUCCGAAACAAUGCAAACUGGACGCUAAAACAUGGAUUCUACAUCAACAUCUGGGAGAAUCGAUCCCAAUGGGUGGUGCAAGGGAUGCCGGAGACGAGACCGAUGGGCUACCACGAUGGGUACAUGCAGUGGUAUCGGAAGUUCACCCUGAGAUGGGUGUCAAAGCAAGGUGCUGUGAUGGGUUCGUUGGUUGAUGGUUUGGAACACGCGAAGUACACUCUCGAAAGUGCUCCAACCAUGGAUGAGCGGAAGACUACUUGGUUGACCCGACUUAUGAGAAACCUCCUAAGUUGCACCAGAGAGCAAAGGAGGGAUGUCGUGGCCUAUCCUCCCGUUCCUGCCCCGGCACGACCCUCAUUCCGUGAUGAUGCAGCCAUUGUGCCCCCGGUUGAGCCCCCACGAAGGAGCAAACGCAGGCCUUUGCCUACGUUCGAAGAGGUGCGUACCACUCAAGCAACCGAGCUCCCCGAACCGUUCGAGUACCAGUGGGCACCUGCAGCGGAUGCCGGUGGAGGGUCAUCGAGUCGUGGAGGAUCUCAGGAAUGGGACACUUUCUCUCAUGGGUUCUCUCAAUUCCAACAUCAGCAACAAAGUUCGAUGUUUCAGACCCCGCAACAACAAACUCCGAUCAUUCGUCAAGCUACCGCUCCAACUCAGCCACCACCACCACCAUAUGUAACCCCAGUUGGGGCUCGGGUCAAGAGAAAUCCGCGACCAGCCGUUGAGCGAGCCCGCCAAGAAGCAGCGGCGGAGGAGGGAAGAAGGGGUCGAGGACGUCGUGGAGGACGAGGAGGAAGAGGUGGAGAUGGGGGCCAAAAUGAAGCAAAUGAGUGAAUUUAUCGUUUUAUCAUUGUAGUGAACUAUCAAUGUUGUUUUUGUGAUUUUUAGGUGUUGUUAUUUGAGUUUGCAUUGUCUAAAAACUAUCAUACGCACUUAAGUUGUCGAAUGAAUUUUCUGGAUCAUU